GUUGUAGUCAUUACUGACUUGUUCGCCGAGGGUGCCGCAUCGCUGUCGAAAUUGAGAUCGGUUCGCGUGUGAAGUGUGUUUACGGAUUGGAUAGUUUCGAUAUAUUUUUACAGUUUAAGGAUGGCGAGCGCAGUGGAAUAGCAAGCAAUACUGUAUAAUUCAAAGUGUUGGAUGAUGUAUAUGUUUAUGAGCGGACGCAUCACUCACCACUAGACGAGCGGCAAAUUCCUCUCGCCAUUUAAAGCAAUAAAAAAUUUGCGUUAUUUUAUGAUAGUGUAGACAAGAUGGACAUUGAGAACGCUAACUGCAAGGUGAAGGUGUCACAGUGUACCGACAUGGAAGUGUUACCGAUUGAGAAACCCAUCAAAAUUGAUCAUGAAAUCACAGGCCUCGAUAUAUUAGUCCAAGAAUUACACAAGGUGUUCUCAAAAAACUACGUCAACGUACAGGAUGUUCAGAAAUUGAUGGCUGGAUACAAAUCUGAUCCUAAAGACUGGAGGAAAUUCGCAAAGUUUGACAGAUUCAGGUACACAAGGAACCUUGUAGACGCUGGUAACGGGCUGUUCAAUAUAAUGAUUCUCUGUUGGGGACCCGGCCAUGCAUCAGCUAUUCACGACCAUGCUGACUCACACUGCUUCAUGAAACUCCUGGGCGGAAGUCUUGAGGAAGUCAGAUAUGACUGGCCAGAUAACGUCCAACCAGAAGUCUUCAAAGUUCUAAAUAAAAAUAAUAACAACACAAAAUCGGCCAUUUGUCCGUGUGGGAACGAUACAAACCUCAGGUGUUGUCAACAAGACAACUAUCAGAACGAAGUGACAGAUGGACAACAUGGCGGACAAGAUGGCGACGAGUACGAUAUCAAAAAUAUGAAAGAGAUCGGACGGACGAGACUUGAAGUUAACGAUGUUUGUUAUAUAAACGAUGCUCUCGGCCUGCACCGCAUGGAGAACCCAUCACACGUGGACGGCGCUGUCUCUUUACACCUGUACUGCCCACCGUUCGAGAGCUGUCGGGUGUUUGAUGCCCGUACAGGGAAGCCCACUCAAGUCACCGUUACAUUCUGGAGCAUGUACGGGCAGAAGGUCAAAAGGGUUAUCGAAGCCGAUUGUACUUCAGAAGGCCAAUAGAAAAUCUUAGAAGUCUUCACUAUUUUUAUUGACUUUGACUGCCGGGCAUUCCAAAAAUCAUAAGACUUAACAUAUUUUUAUUUUUAAUAUAAUAUAUUUUUAUUAACAGA